UAACAAAAGUGAUAAAAAUUAUAAAGACAACAUGAUGAAGAAAAAAUCAUGGGAAGAAAUUGCGAGAACAUGUCACACAUGUUUUUAAAACAUUUUUGAGUUUUUUAAAAUGUUUUUGUUGGUAUAUAAAAUUUGAAAUAUUCUAAAAAUAAAAUUUAAUCAUUCAGUUGAUGAAAUACAACAAAAGGUGGAAAAGAUUAAAAGAUAGAUAUGGCAAACAAAAAAGAAUGAAUGACCAUGCAAUGUGCAGUGGCUGUGCCGCACAAACAAUUAAACAGUAGCCAUUGUUUGAAAACAUGAAAUUUAUGGAAAAACAUAUCCAGAGAAGAAGAACUUUUAGCAAUGUUUCAUGCCAAUUUGCCGCCAAACCUCGAAACAAUACAUUGGACAAAUUGAAACCUAGUCUUCAAAUUGAAAGCACACCAUUUCAAUCAAAUCAGAUCAUGGCCCAAUCAAUUCAAGAAUGGAAGAAAAUUCAAAGUACAUGUACAGAAAAUAAUCAGAUGGAAAGAUACAAUUCCAGAAAAUGUUUCCUAAAAAUAAAUUGGAAAAAAGUUCAUACGGAUUUGCAAGAAACUGUCAAGAUUUUAAAUCUGGAGUAGCAAAUACAAAUUCUACGGGAAAUCAGACAUCAAUGUCCUUCAAAUCUAUAUGUACCUUCAAUAUUUCUGGAGCUAAUCCUCAAUCUACUCUAUCCACAGGAAGAUAUGAAAAUUUUGAACCAAUCUUAACAAAUACAAAUUCUAUGGGAAAUCAGACAUCAAUGUCCCUCAAAUCUACAUACACUGCCAAUAUCUCUGAAGAUAAUCCUCAACCUAUUCCAUGCAUAGGAAGAUACAAAAAUUUUGACAACUUUCUCAGUUAUAAUGUUGCCAUUUCUCCAGACCAAGAAAAUUUCGAAAUUACUUCGGGAAUGUCUGAUAACAGCCAGAAUAUGUUUUCUAAUCAAUUGGACAAAUCUUAUUAUUCUGCAGAUAAAGAAAUUACAACUGCAAAAUCAUCCAAUUCGAGUUCACCUUUGUCUAAUUAUCCGACAAAAUGUUUUUCUAAUGGCACUCAGCGA